ACAGUUUGAACUGUAAAUUUCAGGAAAAGAGAUGUCUUCUUUUUAUUCUCAUUUGUACAAUCAUCGGCGAAAUGGUUACUCUGCUUGGACUGGUUGGACACUGGCGGGUAUUACGGGAGGACAUUAUGAGCCCUAGACAGCAACAGACGUGUUUUGCAUUGCGCAAGAUCGCUUUGAUAGAUGGUGAUGAAGCAAACGAACAAUGUCCCGGUAAACUUAAAAAGAGGUUAGACAAAACGAAAAAGUCAAGCAUUUGCUGCGGGACUUUGAGUGAUGUGCUUGACAAACUUUCUAACAAGGUUGUCAUGGAAAAAUAUAAUAGUGAUGCAAAUCCUGAAAUGAGUUCACUGAACCUGACGAAUUAUAAAUGCGAGGCAACCAACAAGAAGCAACCAAAGGCACAUCUUGUGGAUAUUUCAGAAGAUAAAAAGCCAGUUUCAGUGGGGAUGUCAUCAAAGUUACUAUGGAAUACUGACCCACCGUCUUAUGCAAAUUCAGGGUUGAGGCAUUCAAAAGAUGAUGGAACAAUAUAUGUAGAAAAGACUGGUCAUUAUUACAUAUCGUCACAAUUGAAAACAAGAAUUGCGGAAGCGAAUGAUACAGAUGAAACUUUAGACAGCAUCUUUAGACAUUACGUGCAUUUAAUCAGAAACAAAGGGGCGGAGGGAGUAAUACUUGAAGAUGCAAAAUCCCAGUGUGAAAUGGCGUCAGAUGUUUCUGAAAGUACAAGCGUCCUUGGCGCUGUGUUCCACCUCGAGGACGGGGAUCGACUGUAUGUGUCUACUUCUCAUCCUCAAAAUAUUAUUUCUGACAAACACAAUAAUUACUUCAGUGUGUUCAGCCUUUUAGAUUUUAAGUGAUACAUUAUGUUUUUGACUAAAUCAAUUCU